AUGGCCCCCUCCAACGACGCCGUCCAAGCAGCCACUACGCCGACCACUUUGGACUUUCAGCUGCAGAACCAGACUACAUCUGGCACGGUAUAUGCCUACAUCACCGGCCAGGCUAUCGACAAGGACAAUGCCCUGUUCCUGCUGAAAUCCGACGGCAAGACAGCCUACUAUCCCGCUUCUCCAUCCGGCUCCAAUCAAGCCCUCGGAGCCGACUGCGCCAUCCCUUUGGGUGCUGUCGGAAAUUCAGUUACGGUGACGAUUCCUCGUCUGGCUGGAGCUCGCCUGUGGUUUGUACGAGACGACAAACUGACCUUUUACCUCAACUCGGGCCCGUCUCUGGUUGAGCCGUCGCCGUCGAACACGGCCGAUGCCAACUACAACAAGUACUGGGACUUUUGUGAAUUCACUUUCAAUGACCAGCAGCUCUAUGCCAAUAUCAGCUACGUUGACUUUGUGAGCCUGCCGAUCUCCCUGACCCUGACCACCUCGUCCGGUCAGACAAAGCAUGUCGCUGGUAUUCCCGCCGAUGGCCUUGACACCAUCUGUUCCGGCCUCACUUCCCAGCAAGCCAAGGACAAAGCUGGCUGGGAUAAGCUGAUUGUCAAGAAGGGUGACGCAAACCUGAGAGCUGUCAGCCCCAACACCGGUAUCACAUUGAACUCGGGUCUCUUUGACAACUACUACUCGUCUUAUGUGGACCAAGUCUGGUCCAAGUAUGCCAGUGACUCGUUGACUAUCAACACCCAGAACUCGUCCGGAAAUGUGGCCGCCAAGAUAUCCAACGGCGAACUCAACUUUGCAAACGGCGCUGCAACAUACGGAAAGCCUGCCGCUGCCGACAUUUUCAGCUGCAGUAGCGGACCAUUUGCUGUGGCCGGAAAGACAGAAAAGGAUGCGAUUACCGCUCGAUUGGCUGCGGCAUUCAACAGGUCGAAUCUUUUGACCAAUACCAACACGCCAGACGGCGACAAGGUGACCGACUACUACCAAAACGCCGUCACCAAUCACUACUCGCGUAUCGUGCAUGCCGCCAAUCUCGAUUCCCGCGGUUAUGCCUUCCCGUACGAUGAUGUCGCUCCCUCAGACGGCAAUGACCAGUCGGGCAGUGUCUUUGAUGGAAGCCCCAAGUCCUUGACGGUUGUUGUAGGAGGCGGAACUGCCAGCAAGAAUGGCAAUCAGUCCAAGAACACAACCGGCUCUAAGGGCCCGUCCAACGACGCCAAAACCCCGACAACGACCCAGCCCAGCCAGGGUGCUAAGAAGAGCAUUAACUGGAAGGAUAUUCUUAACUUUCUCAAUAUCCUCAAGCGUCUUCCCUGCUUUAAGUAA